UCUUACAGGCUAUUUUCCCCAGAUGCUUUUUAUUCUUCUUCUCAUAAAUGAUUAAAGCAGCCGAUUGACUUCCAAGAAAUGACUCUAAACAGCAAUUUUACAGCCAAAUGUAAUGCUGCGUAUGUAAACAAAAAGUGCUUUAUUUAGGCAGUGCAUGUAUGUUGUGUGCCGGGUGAUGCACGCAACACAGUGCAGGUUGGUGUCUCUCUGCUGCUGCUGAGCUCAUGGCUCACAGGAGAGCCGGUGGCUGCUGCUGCCCCCGGGCGCCCAUGAAUGAAGACAAUGCUCGUUUCUGCCUGCUGGCCGGCCUCAUCCUGCUCUACUUGCUGUGCGGUGCUGCCAUCUUCUCAGCCCUGGAGCACCCCUUUGAGCUGCGUGCCCGCCGCCUCUGGAAACAGCAGCUGGAAAACUUCACGCAGCGAUACAGGGUCAACCUGGGAGCACUGCACACUCUGCUGCGGCAGUACGAGGAGGCGAACGGAGCUGGGAUCAGAGUGGACACCCUGAGGCCUCGCUGGGACUUCUCUGGAGCUUUCUACUUUGUGGGCACGGUCGUCUCCACUAUUGGCUUUGGCAUGACCACACCGGUGACGAUAGCUGGGAAAAUAUUCCUAAUCUUCUACGGUCUUAUCGGCUGUGCUGCCACCAUCCUCUUCUUCAACCUAUUCCUGGAGAGGAUCAUCACGAUGUUAGCUUACAUCAUGCGCUGGUGCCAUGAGCGUCGGCUGAGGUGUGCCGGGGUGGAGUCGAGCAGGGAGGAGUCUUCUGGUGAGGAGGACAGCCUGGAAGGAUGGAAACCGUCGGUUUACUAUGUGAUGCUGAUCCUGGGCGUGGCAUCGGUUGUGAUUGCGUGCAGCGCCUCCACCCUGUACAGCUCUAUGGAGAACUGGAGCUAUGUGGACUCCCUCUACUUCUGCUUUGUGGCCUUCAGCACCAUCGGCUUCGGGGACCUGGUGAGCAGUCAGAGGCAGCAGUAUGAGUCGCAGGAGGCCUACCGGCUCGGGAAUUGUCUGUUCAUCUUGAUGGGGGUGUGUUGCAUCUACUCACUUUUUAAUGUAAUUUCUAUUAUCAUCAAGCAAACUCUUACUUGGAUCGUGGGGAAGCUGGUGUGCUCGGGCCGGCAUCGGCUCUGCUCCUGCUCCAAAUCUGGCUGCCGGUGGCUCUGCUGCCCCUGCCUCCAGAAAAAAAAUCGCAACCGCCUGCAUCCGCCUGCACACCUCAGAAGAAAACGCUUAAAACCCAACACUGUGCAGCCCAUGGCUUCCCACUGCCCUGCAGGAAGACACUGCUACAGGGACGGCUCGGUGGAGACGGUGUGUGACAGUGAGACGGACGCAGGCACAGUGGCUGAUGGGGCGUAUGUUGGCCGUCGUCUGUCAGGAGAGAUGAUCUCUGUCAAUGAGUUAAUGGUGUCCAAUAAGGUGUCACUGGCUCUGCUGCAGAAGCAGCUGAGUGAGACUGCUCACCAGGGCCCGCGGCAGAGCUACGGCCAUCAAAAUGGAUUCUCUGGAGGUGUGGGCGCCCUGGCCAUUAUGAAUAAUCGCCUACAGGAAACCAGUGUGGAUAGGUAGCCCCAACGCGAGGGCAUUAUGUGCAUUGCCUUCUAUUGGAGCCCUAAUUAGACAUGUUCUAUUACCAAGUUAUUUAGAGAAACUCAAUAAUUUGUCCCAUGACAAAUCCAAAUCCUGAAUAUAAAAUAACACCCUCUAAUUAGAGUCUGUUCAGCACCUCUCUGAGUAAUUUCAAUGGGAGUCUAUGCCGGUAAAAGCAGACCUCCAGCAUUGAUUCUGGACGUCAAAUAAUUGAUUACAUUUUGUUCUAUGUAGAGAAAGACUGAAACGAAGACAAACAAGAUUUCAAGAAUU